CCAGAAGACAAAGUUCAGAGUAACAGUGGUGGGGGUGGGGGUGGGGGUCUUGAUGAGCCGCAGGAUGAAAUGAACACAAUAGAGAUGGGGAUCUGACGCACGGUUGGGUGAUCCUGGAGUGGGAACCAGAAUGUGCAAACCCUAGAAUUCUAGAAGCUUAGUACAAUUGACUCAGACUCUGGGAACUUACUGACUGUGGACCACUUUGAUGGAAGGAUUGAGUUGCCAGUCUGUGGUUGGGUCUUGAGCUCCCUCGAGAACUGAAAGGACUUUCUAGAGGUAGCAGAAGGAAUGGGACCCCAAAAACUGAGCAGGCCCUGAGCUGAGGAGCCAACAGAAUGCCUGGCUUGCUGAACCGCAUCACGGGGGCAGCCCUGCCUCUCACUGCGUCUGAUGUCACCACUUAUGUCAGCGGCUAUGCCCUGGGGCUCACGGCCUCCCUCACCUACGGCAACCUGGAGGCUCAACCCUUCCAAGGUCUGUUCGUGUAUCCGAUGGAUGAGUAUACCACAGUGGUUGGUUUUGAGGCAGUCAUUGCUGACCGUGUUGUCACCAUACAAAUCAAAGACAAAGCCAAGCUGGACAGAAGUCAUUUGGAUAUCCAGUCUGCCACUGUCACAGGGAACAUUCCACAAGAGGGGGUUCCCAUCGCCCCUCAUUCCUGCGCAUCGGGAAAGGUGGCCUUGGAUGAGGAUCUGGAGCGGAUUCUGUUCGUGGUCAACCUGGGGACCAUUGCCCCCAUGGAGAAUGUCACCAUCUUCAUCAGCACCUCCUCGGAACUGCCCACGCUGCCCAGCGGGGCUGUGAGGGUCCUCCUGCCGGCUAUCUGUGCCCCGACCGUGCCUCAGUUCUGCUCUCACAGUUCCCGCUCCUCCAGACAACAGGCUCAAGGCAAAGACCCACACUGCUUCGGCAUCCAGACUGUGAACUCCUGGAAUGGGCUGUGUCUGGCCACCCUCCUGGAUACAGAGGUGACCAACCCAAUGGAAUAUGAAUUCAACUUUCAGCUGGAGAUUCGUGGGCCAUGUCUGCUUGCAGGGGUGGAGAGUCCCACUCAUGAAAUCCGCGCGGACGCCGCUCCCUCUGCACACUCAGCCAAGAGCAUCAUCAUCACCUUGGCCAACAAACACACCUUUGACCGACCAGUGGAGAUCCUCCUCCACCCCAGUGAGCCCCACAUGCCGCACAUCCUGGUGGAGAAAGGGGACAUGACCCUGGAGGAGUUUGAGCAGCACUUGAAGGGAAAAGCGGAUUUCAUUCGGGGGAUGAAGAAGGACAACAGUGCCGAGCGGAAGACAGAAGUCAUCCGGAAGCGUCUCCACAAAGAUAUUCCCCACCACUCGGUCAUCAUGCUCAACUUCUGCCCUGACCUCCAGUCUGUGCAGCCCAACCUGAGAAAGACCCACGGGGAGUUCAUCUUUCUCAUCGACAGGAGCAGCAGCAUGAGCAGGACCAGCAUCCAGUGCGUCAAGGAGGCCAUGUUGGUGGCUCUUAAGAGCCUCAUGCCGGCCUGUCUCUUCAAUGUCGUUGGGUUUGGAUCCACAUUUAAGACCGUCUUUGCUUCCAGUCAGAUCUAUAAUGAGGCGAACUUGGCCAAGGCAUGUGACUGCAUCCAAAGAAUACGGGCUGACAUGGGCAGCACCAACAUCCUCUCCCCUCUCAAGUGGAUCCUGCGGCAGCCAGUACACCAGGGCCACCCGAGGCUACUCUUCCUGGUUACUGAUGGGGCUGUGAGCAACACAGGGAAGGUUCUGGAGCUGGUGCGGAAUCACGCCUUUUCUACCAGGUGCUACAGUUUUGGGCUUGGACCCAGUGUCUGCUACAGACUGGUGAAAGGACUGGCGUCCGUAUCCAAGGGCAGUGCGGAGUUCCUGUCAGAGGGGGAGCGGCUGCAACCAAAGAUGAUCAAAUCCUUGAAGAAGGCCAUGGCGCCAGUGCUGAGCGACGUGACCGUGGAGUGGGUCUUCCCUGAGACCACAGAGGUCCUGAUCUCACCUGUUAGCACCAGCUCCCUCUUCCCUGGAGAACGUCUGAUGGGCUACGGCAUCGUAUGCGACGCCUCCUUGUACAUUUCCAAUUCCAGUCCCGACAAAAGGCGAAAGUACGGCAUGCUGCAAGCUCAGGAGUCCAGCAGCUCGGUUUUCUAUCACUCUCAGGAUGAGGGACUUGGCCCGGGCAGUGGGAACUGUGCCAAAAUCUUCAACCCAGGGCAGACCCAAGAUGCCCAUCCGUGCAAUGGAGACUCCCCCCGCCUUCACGGUCUGGAUGUCUCCCGGCGACGGAGGGCGUACAGCACCAACCAGAUCUCUAGCCAGAAGACCAGCCCAAGGCCCACCACAGCCAGCGACCCCACUGGGAUUGCCAAGAGACACCCACUGCGAAAAGCCAAGGUGCAGGACCUUGCCAGUCAGAGCAGCUCAGAGAACCAGCGGUGGCGUAUUGAUCUGCAGCCCUUACUCAGCAGUGGCCAUGACCUGAGCCAGGGCCCCAGACUUCGCGGCCCAGGGGCCCGCAGGCCCUCCCUACUGCCCCAAGGCUGCCAGUCCUUGCUGCUCUCUGGCCAGGAGCCCCAGGCCUGGAAUCCUAUGAAGGAGCUGGACCCUGGUCCCAGCCCUAAGUCUGCCCCUGACAGCCGAAGCUCUGAGGAUCUGGAGCCACCCCAUCACCCCUCCACCUUUGAAACCGAGCCAUCCUCAGACUGGGAGCCCAUGGCUGAGUCAGAGGAGCAAGUCAGUCCCUGCAGGCCUGCCACCCCAGGCCCUGUACAGGGGAAGGCCUUGGUCAAAGGCCUGUGCGACAACCAGCGUCUGCAGUGGGAGGUGAGCUUUGAGCUGGAACCGCCUGCCCUGCAGAGGGAGGACGAUCAGGAUGCCGACAUGUGGAGCGAGACCUUCCACCACCUGGCAGCGCGCGCCAUCAUCCGUGACUUUGAGCAGCUGGCGGAGCGUGAGGACGAGAUCGAGCUGGGGUCCAAUCGCCGGUACCAGGUGAACGCUGUGCACACCAGCAAGGCCUGCAACAUAAUCAGCAAGUACACGGCCUUCGUGCCUGUGGACAUAAACAAGAGGCGGUACCUGCCCUCGGUCGUGAAGUACCCCAACUCCGGUGCCACGCUUCGAAUGGUCAGCUUCCGGAACCUGACCCGACAGUGGAAAGGCUUGUCUUCUGGUGUUGGAAGGUCCCAGACCAUGCUUAGAGAACACGCCUCAGCUGCAGGAGACAGCCAAUUCCAGACCAUAGCCCUAGAAGAAAGCCCUGCUUCGACCUUCAAUAAGAUCCUGUCCCCCACCCACGAGAAGCACACAGCCGCAGAAGGUCCUCCUCACAACCUGUCCUCCAUGAAGGCCUCUGAGACUCUCUUUGGAUCUAAAUUGAAUCUCAACAAGCCCAGGCUGCUAACCCGAGCUGCCAAAGGUUUUCUCAGCAAAUCAAUGGCCAAGACCCCAGAGCCAACUCCGGGCAGCCAGAGCUUGGACUACAUACCGGUGCCACCAAGGCAGAGGAAGCAGCCGGGUGUGCAUGUUAGCCAGUGCCCGCGUCAGGAAGUUUUUCUACACGUGGCUGUCCUUACCUGAAAAAUUCACAGGACUUUGGCACUGUCCUACGACCUCAUCCACUUGCCUGCUCUCAGUACAUAAAAGUAAGCCUUGAAAUGACUCGUAGGUGAGUAAAAGUCACUUCCUGAGGACAUGCCCCGACUCCAAAAGUGGUUCUGUAGGUGGCCCAGGGUGCCACGGUGGGAAGAGAAGCCUGGCUCUUCAGUCUGCCUCUCUGAGUCAAGGAACAAGGCGAGCAGGUCCUACCACCUCUGAGUGUCCCUGAGCUGGGAGUUCAUGGGGCGCAUGAAGGAGAGGCACAGUUUUGGGUACAUCACUUCAGGUGUCCCUCCCUCCAUACCCAGGUGUGUGUGUGUGGCAUCAUUUGGCAUCCCCAAAAGUCCAGGUCAGCUGAGCACUUACAUAUAUGGUGGCUGUGCAGGGGUUAACUGAGCCUGCUCAGUGCAGAUCCUGGGGAGAUGACCUGGAGUUAGAUAAAUGUAGUUCCUGGGAUGAAGCAUCCCGUGGAAGGCAGACUAGGAACCAGGCAAUCUGACCCCUUGGGAGAAGUGGGGGGGUUGCUUUGGUGGGAAAUACAGGUAAGGCCCUGGAGCCUGAGGCGGGGGUGCUGACAGAACGGACUCCCGAAGAAGGCAGUGGUUGAGCCAAGACCUGACUCUUAAGGAGUCAUGGCCAAAGGCCCUGAGAGGAGAUAGCUUGGCAUCUGGAGAAUGGAGCUGAGGGGUGGAAAUGCAGUAAAAAGAAAAAGGGGGGGAAGGUGGUGCAGGGUUUUAUAAAUCACACACUGGAUUUAGUCUAAUAGAAAACUGAGUAAGUGGGAAAUUGGUCCGGGCCUUCAGAAAAUAUGUUUCCUAGGCUUUGUGGAGGGAGGGCCCUCUGAGUGCAGGACAGAUGAGCAGAUGUGGAGGAGGAAAGAAAGGGGGGCAGGGAAUGUGUGAGAAGGCAGGCAGUGGGCUGUAGCCUGUUAGGACAUAAAGAGUGACCAGCAUGCAUGCAGGAAUAGGAGUGAGCAGACUGGAGUCUGCUGGACAGGCCUCAACAAUCCCAGUGACCAAACAGAGCCUCCACAGGGUGAGAGACAGGUUUGGAGCCAGGAUAGUGAGUUUAGCUUAGAGAGUGAUUGACCCACCGUGCUGAAGGAUAAAAUGAAGCCUUGCCCUGUUGACUUGGGGCAUCCUGAAAAUAGGCAGAGUGGGCAGGAGGAGAUGACCGAGCAGACUAUGCGGAUCUGGAUUUCAUGUGGUGGGGAGCUCCAUGGCCUGAGAGGUUUGAAGCCC